AUGAGACGAGAUGAGACGAGACGAGACCCUACGAGCGGGACCAAACCAGAAAGACUCAAAGCGACGAGACGAGACCAAACGAGACGAGACCCAAGACUCAAACCGAUGAGACAAGACCCAACGAAGGAGACCAAACGAGACGAGACCCAAGACUCAAAGCGCGAGACGAGACGAGACCCUACGAGCGGGACCAAACCAGAAAGACUCAAAGCGACGAGUCGAGAUCUAUCGAGAAGGGAUCUAAGACAAAAGAGCCAAACAGACGAGACAAAACCAGACGAGACCCAAAGAGCUCGACAAAGCGAGAAAGAAUUAUAA